AUGGCUGUAGGAGAAAAAAAACGAACAUUUACAAGUCGUUCUGAAGGUGCUCUAUUAGGUCAUUAUUUAUUUUUAACUGAAACAGCAUAUAUAUCAAAUAUACCAGGUUUUUUAAUAUUAACAACAAUUAAUGAACAUGAAUGUAAAUGUAUAUGUUCAACAAAUAAACAAUGUCUUUCAAUAACUUAUCGUUUAUCAGAUUCAAUUUGUACAUUAUAUGCAAAUGAUCCAUGUAAUACACGAAAUUGGCAAACAAAUUCUGAUAUAAAUUUUUAUAUUAAUAUUAAACGUUUAAAAUAUCGUUUAUUUGAAAAACCUGAACAAAAUCAACCAUUAAAACGUUUAUCAAAUUCAUUAUUAUGUGGAAAUAUGAAUAUAUUUAAUUCUGAACAACGAUGGUUAUUUGUUGUUAAAAUAAGUGGACAAUCAAAAGUUAAUUUUAAUGGUUUAAAUUUUAAUAAUGCACCAAAUCAAGUUGCACCUAGUCCAUGGUAUACAACACAAUAUGAAACUAUUUGGAAUAGUAUUCUUAUGCAUCAAUGGAAUUCUCAUCUCUAUUUUCCAAAAUAUUUCGGUUUUGCUCUUAUUUAUAAUGGUACUGUACGUGAAUUUAUUUAUUUUCGUUUACAUAAAACAACUAUUGAAAAUUUCUUUAAUAAACAACAUACACCCGUUGCAUUUUGUUGGAAUUUAAAACCAAAUAAAGCUCAUCUUCAUCAUACUCUUGAUCAUAAUAAUUAUUUUAAACGAAUAUUUUCUAUAAGUGUCAAUGGUAAUAUAUCAAAUACAAUACCUUGUGAUAAACAUGAAACAUUUAUGUAUGUUUCACCAUUAGAUAGAAUUGAUAAAUGUUCAAUGGAUACAAAUUCUUCAAAUUCUAUCCGAAUAAUGUUUUCUGAUCAAUGUCAUCCAUUACCUUAUUCAAAAUUACUUCGUGCUGAUGCUUUAAUUGGUUUAAUAUCUGGUGAUACAACAACGGAUACUUAA